CGAAUCCAAACAUCCAUCACUCGCCUCUACGCUCGUUUCCGCCCCUUCUUAUGUCGCUCCGAUAGGGAGCCUUGUCAACCUUCAAAAUGAGCUUCAACAAGAAGGAUGAGGAUGACGCUGGUAUCGUCAAGGUAGACCGCACCAGCGUCUUCCAGGAAGCGCGUGUCUUCAACACUUCCCCCAUCUCGCCGCGGAAAUGUCGCAUCCUACUCACCAAGAUUGCCCUCCUCCUCUUUACCGGCGAGUCGUUCCCCACCAACGAAGCCACCUCCCUUUUCUUCGGCAUCUCGAAGUUGUUUCAGAACAAAGAUGCCUCGCUACGGCAGAUGGUCUACCUCAUCAUCAAAGAGCUGAGCAAAGAGGCGGAGGAUGUCAUCAUGGUCACGAGCAGUAUCAUGAAGGACACCGCGGCGGUGGGCACCGGCGAGCUAUACCGAGCCAAUGCCAUUCGCGCGCUUUGUCGCAUCAUUGAUGCCUCCACUGUGGGUGCCAUCGAACGCAACAUCAAAACCGCCAUUGUCGACAAGAACCCCUCCGUCUCCUCCGCCGCCCUUGUCUCCUCCUACCACCUCCUCCCCAUCGCUCGCGACAUCGUCCGCCGCUGGCAAUCCGAGACACAAGAAGCCGCCUCUUCUAACAAAUCCGGUGGCAGCUUGAUGUCGGGGUUCAUGGGCCAGCAUGCGCACAUGGCCGCAACCUCAACGAAUUACAUGACACAGUACCACGCCAUUGGCCUUUUAUAUCAAAUGCGAUCGCACGAUCGAAUGGCACUGGUGAAGAUGGUCCAACAGUACAGUGCUGCGGGAGUUGUCAAAAGCCCUGCUGCAAGAGUCAUGCUGGUCCGGCUUGCGGCGAAACUGGCCGAGGACGAACCAUCUGGCCUGCGGAAACCAAUGAUGAAACUUCUUGACGACUGGUUGCGGGAUAAGAGCGAGAUGGUCAACUUCGAGGCUGCCAAGGCCAUCUGUAGCAUGCCCGAUCUUACCGACGCAGAGGUGGGCCAGGCGAUACACGUCCUUCAGCUCUUCUUGACGAGCCCGCGAGCCGUAACGAAAUUUGCGGCCAUCAGAAUCCUCCAUCAGUUCGCUUCCUUCAAGCCCGACGCCGUGCGACAAUGCAACCCCGAUAUCGAGGCGCUGAUCUCCAACACCAAUCGCUCCAUUGCUACUUUCGCCAUCACCACCCUCUUGAAGACCGGAAACGAGGCAUCGGUUGAUCGUCUGAUGAAGCAGAUCAGUACCUUCAUGUCCGACAUCACAGACGAGUUCAAGGUCACCGUGGUGGAGGCAAUCCGGACACUCUGUCUCAAAUUCCCUUCCAAGCAGGCCGGCAUGCUGCAAUUCCUGUCAGGUGUCUUGCGUGACGAGGGCGGCUAUGAGUUCAAGCGAAGUGUGGUGGAGAGCAUCUUCGAUCUCAUCAAAUUCGUUCCGGAAAGCAAGGAAGACGCUUUGGCGCAUUUGUGCGAGUUCAUCGAGGAUUGCGAAUUCACCAAGCUCGCUGUGCGCAUCUUGCAUCUUCUUGGACUAGAAGGGCCGAGGACGGCGCAACCCACGAAGUACAUCCGAUACAUCUACAACCGUGUGGUGCUGGAGAAUGCGAUCGUCAGAGCCGCGGCCGUCACUGCGCUUGCCAAGUUUGGAGUCGGACAGAAAGAUCCGGAUGUCAAGAGCUCGGUGGAGGUGUUGUUGAGGAGAUGUCUGGAUGAUAUGGACGAUGAGGUCAGAGAUCGGGCGGCGCUCAACCUCAGAUUGAUGAAGGACAAAGAUGACGAAGAAGUGGGGAAGUUUGUGCGCAAUGAUUCAAUGUUCUCUCUGCCAAUUCUGGAAGACCAGUUGGCACACUACGUCAAUGGCAGCUCUGCCGAAGCAUUCGCCAAGCCAUUCGACUUCAGCAAUGUCCCCGUUGUGACCAGGGAGCAAUCGCUUGCGGAAGACCGGACGAAGAAACUCACGACUGCAACGCCUACACUCAAAGCACCAACGAUCAGUGGACCCAAGAAGGCAGAGGCGGGAGCGGCAGCGGCGGAUGCAGCCAGAGACUCAGCAGCAGCAAGCCAAAAGUAUGCUCAAGCUCUGGCCGCCAUCCCGGAGUUCAAGGACUUUGGACCGCUGCUCAAGAGCUCUGGUGUGGUGGAAUUGACGGAGAGCGAGACGGAAUACGUUGUCUCGGCUGUCAAGCACUUGUUCCGCGGCCACAUUGUCCUGCAAUUCGACGUCAAGAACACCAUUGCCGAUUACGUGCUUACGGACGUCGGCGUGGUCAGCACACCGUCGGCAGGCGAGGACGGGGAAGAAGCAAGCGGCCUCGACGAUGGCUUCUUCAUCCCCAUCCCCGCGCUCAAGGCUGAAGAACCGGGCACAGUCUAUGUCUACUUCCAGCGACCCGCCGGCGAGACAUUUACCGCUGCCAGCUUCACCAACGUCCUCAAAUUCACCAUCAAAGAAAUUGAUCCCACGACGAACGAGCCGGAGGAGAGCGGAUACGAAGACGAGUAUCAAGUGGAAGACCUUGAGCUCACCGGCGCGGAUUACAUUCUUCCCGCUUUUGCCGGCAACUUCUCGAGCAUCUGGGAAUCCUUGGAUGGCGCGGACGAGGCGGAGGAGACUCUGCAGCUUUCUGCUGCGAGAAGCAUCCAAGAGGCGGUGGAGUUGCUGGUGAAACAGCUAGCCAUGCAGCCGCUCGAGGGAACGGAGGUGUCGCUGAGCACGAGCACGCACGCACUCAAGCUGUUCGGACGCAGCGUUGCGGGUGGUAAGGUCGCGGGCAAUGUCAGGAUGGCGUAUAGUGCGAAGUCGGGCGUGACGGUCAAGGUAGAGGUCAGGAGUGAGGAGGAGGGUCUGGCGGCGCUGGUUGUUGGGGCCGUUGCCUAGCUGGACUCUGUGUGUACCAUGGACAUGACAAGUACCUUAUUCUGCAUGCACUGCGUUCGGGCGCCUUGAUAGGUUUGGGGAGGUUGGCGGUAGCGCUUUGUAACGUGGACGCUGCGCAUUCUGGAUAGAAUGAAAAAUGACGAUCGGCUGUAUCAAUGCUCAGACCCUUGAUGGGCGAUUUGUUUUCACUGCGCGCACACUUGGGCGGUGCA